UGGCUAACUGGCUGUCAGUUAGCUAUCCGCCUACAGGGCUACAGCCGUAAAAUCAGAGAAAUGUGGUAUGCAAAACUCACUGAGUGCUUGUGAACUCGAUCUCGGGUUAAACAAUGAGACAGUAAAAUGCUUUCUUACAGCACAUUUAUUUUGUGCUAACUUAUUUUGUACAUGACGGAAGGAAAAUUCGAAUCGUCGCGGACAGAUGACGCAACUUUUCCGCUCGGCUGAACAGCUGCAUGAUCUGAGAGGAAAAACAACCGGGUACAGCAGUUUGUCUUCAUAGUGCAGAGAUGCAUAUGUGUAUUUUGUAGUAAUGAGAAAAGGCGAUUAUUAAACGGCAGCUUAGUGCAGUUAUCAUGCACCCCCUGAAGGACGCACAACUGGGGGCCUUCACUUUUUUCGCCUCGUCUCUUCCUCAUGAUGUGUGUGGAAGCAAUGGGCUUCCGCUAACCCCAAACUCCAUCAAGAUCCUGGGACGCUUCCAGAUCCUGAAGACCAUCACACACCCCAGACUUUGUCAGUAUGUGGACAUCUCCCGAGGAAAGCAUGAAAGGCUUGUGGUUGUAGCUGAACACUAUGAAAGCAGCUUGAACGAUUUUCACAAGCGAGGCAAUCCUGUGAGCCCAGAGAAGGUGCUGCAGAUUGCUUAUGAGGCACUGGAGGGACUGGAGUUCAUGAACAAGCAUGGGAUGGUACAUAGAGCCCUUGCCCCUCACAACAUCCUCAUGGACUGCAAGGGCAAUGUGAAGCUUGCAAAAUUUGGUCUUUAUCACAUGACUGACCAUGGAGCAGAUGUGGACUUCCCCAUUGGGUACCCGUCCUAUCUGGCCCCAGAGGUCAUUGCCCAGGGGUCCUUCCGCCCCAGUGACCCCUCCCACAGGGAGGCCCCCCUGCCCUCAGGCCCCAAAACGGACGUGUGGUCCCUGGGACUUGUGCUGUUAGAGCUUUGUGUGGGGAGGCACCUACUUCAAAGUAUUGAUAUCUGUGAAAGACUGAAAUUCAUUCUGACUCUUGGGUGCAUGGACGACAUCAUCACGGUUCUCGCAGAGGAACACGGAUGUUUAGAGAGGGUCAAGGAGCUGCCUGAGAGUGUUUUGGCUUUAUUAAAGAAAUGUCUGACAUUUAGCCCAUCAAAAAGGCCCACUCCGGCGCAGCUGCUGAGAGACCCGGUGCUGCAGGGCGUGUCCUGCCUCUACACGCCCUUCCUGAAGCCCGUGGGGCUGUUCUCCUCCUCCCUGCGCUGCGCUCACCUCCAGCUGCCCGAUGACAUCAGCGAGCUCUGCAAGGACGAUGAUGACGACUACCUGGCCGAGAGGUCUAUUGACGAGGUGUAUUACCUGUGGUGUCUGGCUGGGGGAGACCUGGAGAAAGAGCUUACCAAUAAGGGGAUCAUCCAGUCCAAGCCCCCUGUCUGCACUCUGCCCAACUUUCUCCUGGAGGACGGCGAGUCGUUCGGGCAGGGCCGGGACAGGAGCUUCCUGCUGGAUGACACCACCGUGACCCUGUCCCUGUGCCAGCUCAAAAACAGGCUGAAGGAUGUUGCGGGAGAAGUGUACUACCCAUUACUGGAGGAUGAGCAGUCAAGUCUACCUCACUCCAAUAGCAGCAACGAGCUGUCGGCAGCCGUCACGCUGCCCCUCAUCAUCAGAGAGCGGGACACAGAGUACCAGCUCCUCCGAAUUGUGCUUUUUGACAGGCUACUGCAGGCGUACCCAUUCAAAAAGAACCAGGUUUGGAGGGAGGCCAGAGUGGACAUCCCCCCGCUGCUCAGAGGCCUGGCCUGGGCAGGCUUGCUGGGAGUGGAGGGGGACAUUCAGGCUAAAUACGAUGCCAUAGAUAAGGACACGCCAAUCCCUACAGACAGACAGAUCGAGGUGGACAUCCCCCGGUGUCAUCAGUAUGAUGAGCUGCUCUCCUCCCCACAAGGUCAUGUGAAGUUCAGGCGGGUGCUGAAGGCGUGGGUGGUGUCCCACCCUGACCUGGUCUACUGGCAGGGUCUGGACUCCCUUUGUGCUCCUUUCCUGUAUCUGAAUUUCAACAAUGAAGCUUUAGCCUACGCCUGCAUGUCUGCCUUCAUUCCUAAGUACCUGUACAAUUUCUUCCUGAAGGACAACUCUCACGUCAUUCAAGAGUACCUGACUGUGUUCUCUCAGAUGAUAGCCUUCCACGACCCCGAGCUCAGCAAUCACCUCAAUGAGAUUGGAUUCAUACCAGACCUAUACGCCAUUCCGUGGUUCCUCACCAUGUUUACACACGUGUUCCCGCUGCACAAGAUCUUCCACCUGUGGGACACCCUCCUCCUGGGAAACUCCUCCUUUCCGUUCUGCAUAGGCGUGGCCAUCCUGCAGCAGCUGAGGGACCGACUGCUGGCCAACGGCUUCAACGAGUGCAUCCUGCUCUUCUCCGACCUGCCCGAGAUCGACAUCGAACGCUGUGUUCGAGAAUCCAUCAACCUCUUCUGCUGGACUCCCAAAAGUGCCACAUACAGGCAGCAUGCCCAGCCACCCAAGCCCCCCUCUGACAACAAUGGCUUCAGCAAGGCAUCCUGCUUUUCCCCUGACUACCAGGACCUGCCCAAGACUGACCGGUCCCGGGAGCCCCUCAAGCUGAGCGAUCUGAAGGAGGAGGUAUCCCCCCGAAUCUCUGUGGAGGACCUCAUUGACCUGUGUGAGCUAUCUGGCCCCAGCCAUUUCAAAACCCCCACCAAGAGGACCAAGUCCAGCAAACCCAAGAUCCUGGCCCUGGACAUCCGCAGCAGUGAGGAUUUCAACCGGGGUCACGUCCCGGGGAGCAUCAACAUUGCCUGCAGUACCCCGUCUGGCCUGGAGGGGGAGCUGAUCCAGGCAGCGGUCACCAGCACCCUGCAGAGCUACAGAGGGAGGGUCAUCGUGGUCAUCAGCCAUGCCAUGAAGAAUGCAAGCAUGUUCACAGCCCACCUGGUGAAGUCCAGCUACCCGCGAGUCUGCAUCCUGGAUGGCGGCAUCAACAAGAUGAAGCCCACGGGGCUGCUGACUGUCCCCUCCCCACAGAUCUGAGAUCAGCGCCUUGAGACAAAUCCCAAGGAUUUGCAGAUUACCCCCUCUUCACCGAAUUGAUCUGAGGUCAGUCUAGCUGACCUAAGCCUAGUUCUCUGUCACUUCUUAUUCUUAUGUCUGAGUGGGAAAAACAUAAAUGUACUUUGCUGGUCAUCCUUUUUAUGAGGUGGACUGGAAUAAAAAAUGUACUUAAA